AUGCCUGCGCCACGAGAGCGAAGCCUAUCGCGCGGACGAAACUCGUCACGAUCGUCAACUUCGACUUCGAUACGCCAGCGCAAACGAAGCCGAUCGCAAAGCGUAGUCACCGUCACACAGCAGACCGGACCACGAGGCGUCUCGCGCACUCGCCUAGUCCAGGUGGAGUUCGACUACCAUGGAGCAAAGAAUACUGCCAAGAAUGCAUGGCGGAUCAUGUGUGAAGACCUAGCAUAUAUCCUUUCCUCCCUUUCUGCUCUACUCCUGCUUCUCUCCACCUUGGCGAUGUGGGCUUGGCUGCUGUACCAAGAAACCUCAAUGUUCGGACGACAAGCCGUCAUCGACAGGUUAAGCCGAACAAUAUGCGCCAAGACCGGACUAUGCAAUGUAGCCGCAAUCCAAACUACUCUGUCAGCCUUCGAUCUCGUCUCGCCCGCCAUGGCUACCGUUCAAGAUCACGAGCCUCUACACAAGGCUUUUCCAGAACUGUUCGAGAUAAACUUCGUAACGACUUUUGCCUCUGUGGCAACGAACGCAAGCAAGACUUCGGACUGGCUGCAUCGAGAAGAAUACUCGGACCUUGUGCAACUACGCCACAGUGCGGACAAAGUCAAGUAUGCCGCGCUCGCCCUCAACAGCACAAUCCCCGGCGUCCAACUCGCCCUAGACCAUCCGGACUUCGGCAGGAUUUCAUCCCACGACUUCCAACGCGCCAUGGCAAAGGACCGGGAACGUUUCAAGGCAUUCGGCCCAACAGUCAUGAAGACAAUCCACGCCAUCACAACCAUCUUCCCACUCCUAUCCCCAGCCACACUCGAAGGCCGCAUCCUCUCCCACCUCCACAACCUAACCCUCCACCACAACAAUGCAACUGCCUACUCAACCAUCACCCUCCUGGCCACCACAUCCAAACAAAUCAACCAUCUCCAAACCACCCUCCUCACCUUCGAAGACCACCUGAACAACACCAAGGAGACAACAAUAAUAGAUAUGUGCAAGCACUCCCUUACCGGCGACUCGGCGGAACAUAGUGUAGACUGCCUGGCGGAAUUACGGGGUCAGCGGUUGGGGCUGAGGGUGAUGAAGGAUGUGGCGCAGUUUACUAAGGGGAUUUUUGUGGUGGGGAGGUUGGAGGCGGAGGGGUUGAGGGAUGCGUUGGUGGAGUUGAGGGGGACGGUGGAGAGGGCGGGGAGGGUGCCGCAUUUGAUGGAGAGGGUGGGGUUGGGAGAGAUUUUUGAUGGGAAGGAGGGGGAGGAGGUGGAUGUUGUGGGUCCUGAGGAAGUAGCGAGACGGGGUGACGGUGUUGUGGUUGAGACGCAGGUCGUGGACGAUAGAGUUGCGCGAGAUGAUUUGUUAUCGGGUUCGUAG